UCAUGAGAGCUCGAGCGAUGUAAAUCAGUCUGUCAACUUGAUGAUCCGUCAUUAAUCCGCGAGUUGCAAGUGGAAGCUUACAGUUUUGUCGGAAACGAAUAUUACUUCUUCGUAACGAUGUUUCGAGGUGCUUUUGCUGAUUUUGAGGAAGAUCCAUUCUUCAGGGAACACCGUCAGAGAAUGGCAACUCUAUUGAAUGGAUUCCAUGACCCAUUUUUGAGGUUUCAUCAGCACUCUGGCUUCCCUUCAGCUCUUCCUGCCCCCAGUGUCAGAGGACAACAUCACAGGUCAAGUCCAGGCAAUCAUCAAUUAGCUCCAAGAGAUAUGCAUCGCAGUAUGUUUGGUGACAUGUUUGCAAGCAUGAACUCCAUGAUGGCUAAUAUGCACAGGAGUUUUGAACAAAUGGCAAAUAACCCAAACGCAUACAGCUACUCAUCCUCAAGUGUAAUGUCUUAUUCUAAUGAUGGACGAGGGGAACCUAAAGUUUUCCAUGCAACCAAGUCAACUAAGAGAGCUCCUGGUGGGGUAAAAGAGACACAGCAAACAGUCCGAGAUUCUGAAUCAGGAUUGCAUCGCAUGGCAAUUGGUCAUCACCUGGGAGAUCGUUCUCACGUCAUUGAGCGAUCAGUGAACAGGAGAACAGGGGAGGAAGACAGAAAGCAGAACUUUAUCAACCUGGAUGAAAGUGAUGCCGCAGCGUUUGACCAGGAAUGGAAGCAACGAACCAAGCCACCCUCCAAUACCUUAAGGGACAGACAGAGAACUACACUUAGAGAAUUGGAAGAACCUAGAGCAAGACCAUCCCACUAUAGCCGCAGUGCUGAAGCUGCUGCACCUUUUAUGAGAGACGCAGGAUCCAUAAGAGAGAGGGACAGGCAGAGGGUCAAUGGCGAAGGGACAGGGACAGGGACACGCAGAGAGAUAGACGAUAUGCACCGGGACCAUAGAGGUGCACGGGACAAGGACUGGGGUUCAGGUGAUUUCAAUGAAGUUGGGAGAUCUCAGAGGGACAGGCGGGAGCAUGAAAAGCAUGUGCGAUUGAACAGUCGUCCCGUAAACAGACAUGAACCACGCGGCGGGCUUUGAAGUUUUGAACAGUAAGGCAUAAGUCAUGUAAUGGAAUAUUAAGCUUUUGUGUCUCUGGAAGAGUUCGAAUCUGGGCUAAGCAGAAGAGCAUCUUUUCGGCUGCAUUUCAGCAUAGAUUUAAUACAAAGCUAGCCUUUAAAAGUGAAUAAUAUUGUUAAGAUAUCGCAGGCAUUUUUGAUUUUAAUUCCUGGAUUAAUUUAUGAGAGCUUUUCUGCAGCGAAAGGAACUAAACCUGUAAGGACUUAUCAACUCAACGUGUGCCUUGUGAAGUGUAUUUACUUAAAACAAAAUGUCUGUUGUCAUGAGUGAACGCAUGUUGUUAGACCAGUCAGAGUUUUGGCUGUUGUGCUUUCGAACUAAAUGUAGCGUGGUUAAAUAAAGUUUUUGGUUUGAGCGAA